AAAUAAGACCCCUGCUAUUCCUUCGGGAGGAGGCGGGAGAAUUAUGGACUCAGAGACCCGAGGAGAAACAUAAAAGGGCCCCAUUGGAGAUAAUAGCUAAGACACUAGGGAGCCAUUUGUGAAAUCAUUGGAAAGAACUAAGAAUGAAUUGGGAAAAGAGGCAUUUUGAAUUUAAUUUCUCGGGAUGCCGGCAUCUAUGAACUCCUAAAUGCAGAUGAUUGUGAAGGAAAAAGACAGAAAAGUUUCCAGUGUAUGUGAAAAUAUUCAAUGACCAACUGGUAAUAAAUAGACAUUGCAGAACCCAAACAGGGGAGAAUCCUCAUAAAUGCAUGGGAUGUGGAAAGAGCAAUGGAAAAUUUAAAUUACAUCAAAGAAUCCACAUAGAACGUGGCAAGAGCUUCGUCAAAGAGAAAUACAGGAGAAAUCAUAUGAGUGCUUUGUGUGUAGAAAGAGUUCCAGUCGGCAUGGCACUUUUGCAUGAAAAAACCCACACAGGGAAGAAACCAUAUAAAUGCUUGGUAUAUCAAAAAAAGUUUAGUCAGAGGGGACAUUUUAAUGCGCAACAAAGAACCCACACAUGGGAGAAGCCUUAGAAAUGCACGGAGUGUGGAAAGAGCUUCAGUUGGAGUACAUGCCUCACUAUACACCAAAGAACUCAAAUUGGUGAGAAGCCCUAUAUGUAUAGAAUGCGGAAAGGCAUAUAACUGCACGGACUGUGGAAAGAGUUUUAGAUGUAGUGGUACCCUUACAUCUGAGAAUGCACUCGGAGAAACCAUAUGAAUGCUUAGUGUGUGGAAAGAGCUUCAGUCAGAGGGCACAUCUUAAUACACACCAAAGAACCCAUACAGGGGAGAAACCAUAUAAAUGCAUAGUGUGUGGAAAGAGCUUCAGUACCAGUGGAAGUCUUAAUACACAUCUAAGAACCCACACGGGUGAGAAACCAUAUAAAUGCAUGGUGUGUGGAAAGAGCUUCAGUCAGAUUGGACAUCUUAAUAGGCAUCUAAGAACCCACACAGGUGAGAAGCCAUAUAAAUGUAUGGAAUGUGGAAAGAGCUUCAGUGAUAGUGGAAGUCUAACUAAACAUCAAAGAACCCACACAGGUGAGAAGCCAUAUAAAUGCAUGGUGUGUGGAAAGAGCUUCAGUACCAGUGGAAAUCUUAAUACACAUCUAAGAACCCACACGGGUGAGAAACCAUAUAAAUGCAUAGUGUGUGGAAAGAGCUUCAGUACCAGUGGAAGUCUUAAUACACAUCUAAGAACCCAUACAGGGGAGAAACCAUAUAAAUGCAUAGUGUGUGGAAAGAGCUUCAGUCAGAGUGGACAACUUAAUAAACAUCUAAGAACCCACACAGGUGAGAAGUCAUAUAAAUGUAUGGAAUGUGGAAAGAGCUUCAGUACCAGUGGAAGUCUUAAUACACAUCUAAGAACCCACACGGGUGAGAAACCAUAUAAAUGCAUGGUGUGUGGAAAGAGCUUCAGUCAGAUUGGACAUCUUAAUAGGCAUCUAAGAAGCCACACAGGUGAGAAGCCAUAUAAAUGUAUGGAAUGUGGAAAGAGCUUCAGUGAUAGCGUAAGUCUAACUAAACAUCAAAGAACCCACACAGGUGAGAAGCCAUAUAAAUGCAUGGUGUGUGGAAAGAGCUUCAGUACCAGUGGAAAUCUUAAUACACAUCUAAGAACCCACACGGGUGACAAACCAUAUAAAUGCAUAGUGUGUGGAAAGAGCUUCAGUACCAGUGGAAGUCUUAAUACACAUCUAAGAACCCAUACAGGGGAGAAACCAUAUAAAUGCAUAGUGUGUGGAAAGAGCUUCAGUCAGAGUGGACAACUUAACAAACAUCUAAGAAGCCACAAAGGUGAGAAGUCAUAUAAAUGUAUGGAAUGUGGAAAGAGCUUCAGUGAUAGUGGACAUCUUAAUAUACAUCUAAGAACCCACACGGGUGAGAAACCAUAUAAAUGUAUGGAAUGUGGAAAGAGCUUCAGUAUCAGUGGACAUCUUCAUACACAUCUAAGAACCCACACGGGUGAGAAACCAUAUAAAUGCAUGGCAUGUGGAAAGAGCUUCAGUAUCAGUGGACAUCUUCAUACACAUCUAAGAACCCACACGGGUGAGAAACCAUAUAAAUGCAUAGAGUGUGGAAAGAGCUUCAGUCAGGCUGGAUGUCUUAAUAUGCAUCUAAGAACCCACACGGGUGAGAAGCCCUUUCAAUGCAUGGAAUGUGGAAAAAAGUUCAGUCAGAGUGGACAUCUUAAUAUACAUCUAAGAACCCACAGGGGUGAGAAACCAUAUAAAUGCAUGGUGUGUGGAAAGAGCUUCAGUUAUAGGGGAAGUCUAACUAAGCAUCAAAGAAUCCACACAGGUGAGAAGCCAUAUAAAUGUAUGGAAUGUGGAAAGAGCUUCAGUGAUAGUGGAAAUCUAACUAAACAUCAAAGAACCCACACAGGUGAGAAGCCAUAUAAAUGCAUGGUGUGUGGAAAGAGCUUCAGUACCAGUGGAAGUCUUAAUACACAUCUAAGAACCCACACGGGUGAGAAACCAUAUAAAUGCAUGGUGUGUGGAAAGAGCUUCAGUAAGACUGGAUAUCUUAAUGUGCAUCUAAGAAGCCAUCUGGGUGAGAAGCCUUAUCAAUGUAUGGAAUGUGGACAAAAGUUCAGGCAGAGUAGCUAUCUUAAUACUCAUCUAAGAAGCCACAUGGGUGAGAAGCCCUAUCAAUGUAUGGAAUGUGGAAAGAGCUUCAGUCAGAGUGGACAUCUUCAUAUACAUCUAAGAACCCACACGGGUGAGAAACCAUACAAAUGCAUGGUGUGUGGAAAGAGCUUCAGUGAUAGUGGAGGUCUAACUAAACAUCAGAGAACGCACACAGGUGAGAAGCCAUAUAAAUGCAUGGUGUGUGGAAAGAGCUUCAGUAUCAGUGGAAAUCUUAAUACACACCUAAGAACCCACACGGGUGAGAAACCAUAUAAAUGCAUAGAGUGUGGAAAGAGCUUCAGCGAUAGGGGAAGUCUAACUAUACAUCAAAGAACCCACACAGGUGAGAAGCCCUAUCAAUGCAUGGAAUGUGGAAAGAGCUUCAGUCAGAGUGGACAUCUUAAUUCACAUCUAAGAACCCACACAGGUGAGAAGUCAUAAAUAUGCAUAGAGCGUGGAAAUAGCUUCAGUCUAAGAACCUUCUUAAAGGAGAAAAUAUUUGAAUGCCUGGCGUGCGGAAAGAGCUUCAGUCAGAGUGAAAAUCUUAAUAAACAUCAAAAUUCCCACAAAGGGAAGAAACAAUAUAAAUGC